CUCGUCCCGCCUUCUUUUGUCUCUCUCCAGCUCCAGAUGUGUUCUUGCCGCUUUUUAUUGUUGUUUUUUCCACGGUCCGAGUGCCAAACUUCAUAGUUUUCAGCGACCAACCAGCAGCCAACUAAAUUCUGCUCACGUCUUCCAUUCUUGCCGUGCCCUCAACAGUAGUCGAUUGUUGACGUUGGCCCGAAUGUGACCAACACUGCAACACAUUUCGCAACACAAACGUCAUUUCAUCAGAAAUCGUCUGCCAAAAUUCAUCCCCGUUGUCUCUCAAGAGAGGGUUCGAUUGUCCCCUGCUGCUUGUGCAACACGUGUUGGGAAAAACUUCGGCCCAUCUUUCCACUCUUCGGCACUCGGCCGAAUUCUCUCAGGGCGACUUUCGGCCUCGGCGAGAGUUGUUUCGCUAAAUUUGUGAAACUCAUCUGUGGUCGUGGAACUGAAUUUAACACCCCAAGUGAGGGAAUUUCUGCACCGGCUUGACUUCAAAGUUUCAAUCUGCCGUUUGGCAAAAGAAAAGCUCCACCGUAUAAUUUAAUUAAAAACUUCGUCGGAGUGAGAGAGACUGGUUGUCGACUACACCAGAUUAUGGCUGGAAACCAACGCAUCAAGAUGGAUUGGCGCCGAGAACACAGCACUUUGGCCGACCAGCUCUGGUUCAUGUGCGAAAAGGAGCUGCGGACCGACAUGGUAGUCACCGUGUCCGACGGGAAACAUUCAAAGGCCUUCAAGUGCCACCAGAUGAUCAUGAUGAGACUCAGCACUGUUAUUGACAACAUGAUUGAGAAUGCCCAUCGUGAGCCUGGCAUUGGUUGCUACAUCAGCAUCUCUUCCUUAGACCCAGCUCUCUUCCCUCUCAUCCUCAGAUUUGCUUACACUGAUGAAGUCCGUCUGGAGACCAUUCAUGAGGCUCUUUUGCUGCGUAGCAUCAGCAAGAAGUAUGAAAUCAUGAAGCUGGGAAUGAUUUGUGAAAAGUACAUCAGCAACAACUUGGAUGAGGACACUAUCUGGGAAAUUAUGGACGAACCCAUGCGUGGACCAACUAUGAAUUCCAAGCUUCGUUGGUACUUGGGCCAGAACACCUCUAGAUGUGUCAAGUCGCGCCAAUUUGUGAACUGCAAUCAGUCGAGCUUGGCCGAACUGCUGUCCAUGACGCAUCUGAACAUUGAAAAUGAGCUGGAGCUGGUGAGGGCCGUGCUCAAGUGGGCCGACGUCAAGAACAACGGCCAGCCACUGAAUCCUUCAAUCUCUCAGCGCCUUCUGGGCCAGUGCUUGCCUCAUCUUAGAUUUCUCGCCCUCUCCGCUACUGAUUUUUCAAACUUCGUCGCCAAGUCUGGGCUGCUGACCAGCGAGGAAAGUCUGGCCAUCCUGGUCAAUCUGACUUGUCCGGGACAGAUGUCAAUUCCGGACACUGUUUGCAGGAACUCUGCUGCCAGAGGCAAACCUGGAUCGCCUGUCCCUGUAGAAUCGGACGAAUCUCAGGAGGGCAGUUGGCUGAAUGCAAACUGGAGGGAAGGAGGACAAGAGGUGGAUAGUGUGGUCAAAGAAGAGGAGACAGUGCAGGAGGAUUGGGUCACCGUAGAGGCCAAGAAGAAGCAGAAAGGUCAAAAGACACCUGAUUUAGAGAGGAGCACCAGUUUUUCCUCCUUGCAUAUAAAUGAGUUGGCCAAAUUGGACUUGCAGACAAAUGUUCCGCCGCCCAAGAGGAACAUCAACAACAUCUUCAGCCAGCAACCGAGGCAACCUUCCAUUGUUCAGCCGGGAGAAAAGCUGCACAGAAUGAAUCUGAUGAGGAUGACAAUGCCGACGAUGACCUCGUACACUCAGGAUGUUACUGCCCCCUUGGAAGUGCCCAUCGAGUUCAAACUGAACAAGACGAUCUACCUCGUCGGCAUAAAAACCAUGAGCCAAGUCAACAAGAGUGACGCCACCAUGACUGUGUACCGUGAAAGCAUUUACAUCAAUAUUUUCACUGCUGAGGAAGGCAAGCACUUUUAUGGGCAGCUGUUCGAGGACAUGAUCGAGUACGGCCCCAGCACCGUGGACAUCAUGUUCAAACGGCCUGUCACGAUCAAGGCCGACCGCAGAUACCAGAUGAGGCUGAGCUUCAAGGCUGAAGGCAACUACGUCAGCCAGUGCAGAAAUACAACUGUCUAUGGGCCGAGGGACAUCACGGCCUAUUUCUACGGCAUUGAGCAGAACCCUGGCAAAGGGUUGCUGCACUCGUUGAUCAUCGAUUGCGCCUAAAAGGGUAAACAACAUCUUUGAUGGAAAACGUUAUAUUUUUCCCAGCCCUAUCAAAGUUUAAUUUCUCAAGAGUCAAUUGAGCCUAGAUAAGAUCAAAGUGUCACAAAUUUAUGCAGUGCUAUAAUUUUUUUCCGAUUUGGAAUUUAACUCAACGUAGGUGUAUUUUUUUACUAUAAAUCGUAUAAUGAUUAAAAUUUAGCUUGUCGAUUUCAUGCCGAUUUCAUGCCCUUUCUGAAAUAAUUUUAUUUGCUUUUUGCAAUUGGCAUGAAAAAUUACUCUCAAUGAAAAUUAUUUUAUGUUUUCUUCUGCAAGAUAUUAUGUGUCACUCGUAAAUUUUUUAAACACGAGUAUUAUAAUAAUAGUUAUUUUGUGUUGAGAUUACAUUAAUUGCAUUAUAUCGUAAAGUGGAAUUAGUUUGGUUCAAAUUAUUGAUAUACCACCAUUAUUUAUGGUUGCCUACCCCAGCAACAACAGUAUAAUUUACCGACUGCUUUCCUCCCACUGAUUAUUGAUUUCGUAAAUUAGAAGCCACCAAGAUUGGAUGAGGUGGACUGAUUUGUAAAAUCCUCACUGAUUUGAAAUUCAAAAUGCCCAUAACACCUAUUUGAAAUGUCCUGAAUUAAAAUAAACCACGAUUUUCAUUUUUUUAAUGGAAAUAUUUUCAACGUUUUGUUGCACAGCCAAAGAAAAGAAAUUAUAAACGUCUUAAUUUAAUUUGUAUGAUUUUAGAGUUUUGCAGAUGGUGCUCAUAAAAUUAAAAUUUCCUAUGCAGUUUCAAAGUUUUGAGAUUUUUUAGAUAUUUAAUUAUCUUUCUAUCCGUGAAUGCAACUAAAUUCGUGCGAGUUUUAUGGGCAAAGUUGUGGGAAAAAUAUUUUCCUGUUCAUAAACUGCUCAAAAUCCAAGCCAUUGAUUGCUUGUCCGUUUCGCACUAAUUCCGCCUUAAAACAGUACGGGUGCCCAUUUGCCUUGAA